AUCAUGAAUAUAUAUCUGUUCGCCCUUGGAGCCUCUGCAAGUGAUUACUGUAUUAAUGGCGGCUGAUCAAGUUUGAAUUCUCUAUCAGCAUAUAAAAUCCUCACCCUUCUUUAUAAUUUUGAAAAGGGGACUCCUAUUUUGCUGAAAAAAAAAAUAUUUAUAAUAGGAGAAAAGAAAAGGCAGGAAAAAACAAGAAAAAGAAAACGACUUUGCUUCCAUUAUUGUAACUCCUCUCAUCUUCAUAUUUCAUGUGUUUGUUGAAUGUGAAGGUGGCGAACCAGAAAGGCUCAGGCGAGUACAGCAGGUCUCCUGCUACUACAGAUAGCGGUGAUGAUGAUGAUCAUCAGAGAUACCCACAAAUUGUAACUUCACAAUCGGGGUUAAAUCAGCCAGUACAAGUCCCUACACAAUCGCCAACUAUGUUUCCUGGAUAUGGCGGCUGUACUGGGGAGAUGUCUGCAAUGGUUUCAGCUCUUUCUCAUGUGGUGUCGGGUCAAAGAGCUGGUGAUUGGGGACAUGGGGCUGGUUUAGGAAGUGUAAUAACAUCUGGUUAUGGCGGUAUUGGACUUGCUUCUGCUUCUUCUUCUUCUUCUUCUUCUUCUCCUGCGUUGUCUGCUUAUUCGUCAACUUCUGGUUCUGGUUUCUGGAUUGGACAAAAGAGAGGGCGUGAAGAAGUGGGUGCAACUCAAUCUAUGCCUAGGGUUUAUCGAGGGUUUGGUGAUUUCAGAAGUUCUCAAGGAGAUUCAUCUUCAUCUGGUGCAACUGUAAAAGAAGAGGCAGCUGCUUCAAUUAUAGUCCCCACCAUGACCACGACCACGACCACGACCACGACCACCGCCACAACCUUCGCCACAGCACCGCCGACGUCGUUAACCGAAACAGUAUCCUAUGAAGAAACGGGUGAGCGAAGAAGAAGAUACAGAGGAGUUAGACAAAGGCCUUGGGGAAAAUGGGCAGCUGAAAUACGUGAUCCACACAAAGCAGCAAGAGUCUGGCUUGGCACAUUCGAUACCGCUGAGGCCGCCGCCAGAGCUUACGACGAAGCUGCUUUAAGAUUUAGAGGAAACAGAGCUAAACUAAACUUCCCUGAACAUGUCAGAGUAUUGCCACCUCCAAUGGAAAAUAUUCCCGUCUCCCAAAUCCCCUUUGGUCGUCAGCCACAAUCGCAGCUACAGCCAAUGCCAUCCCAACCACCACAAGCGCCGCCGCAGGCGGCCAUCCUACCACAAUUCUUUCAGUCUCAAUCUGAUACGAUGAGAGAUUACUGGGAGUACUCCCAGCUUUUACAGAGCACUGGAGACUUGCAUGGAGCUUCGAGUUUGCUAGAGCAGAUGAUCUAUAAUCAGCAAUUGGCUUCUCUACAAUCAAAUUUUCCACUGUCGUCUUCUCUAUCUUCAUUUUCUUCAUUGUCUUCCUCCAUUGCAGCUCCUUCAAUUGCAGCAUCUUCUUCUGGGUCAUUAUCAUCCUUAUCAUCAUCUACAACUUCUGCAUCAUUUCCUCUGCUUUUGGCUGGUCAACAAUUGGGUUAUUUCCAGUCCCCCCAAAAUCAGAAUCCACCCACUGGUUCAGAUUUUCCGGUGCCGCCGUGGUCAGAUUCUAGUCACUACCCUUCCUCUACCGGUUAAAAUUGAUUUCCACAUAUUUUUUUUUAGUUUUUUUUUUUAAUUCUAUUUUUGAAAAUUUUAGAAUAUUCAUGGUGUCAUUAACUUUUACAAUUUUCCUCUGUAUUUGCAUGGAGCAUUGGCAAUUUAAAAAAAAAAAACUCUCUUUUUUCUUAGAUAUUGUUAGUAUAAAGAGAAAAGAGAGAGCAUAUCAUGGUGUGAAGAACAACACUCAACUUUUUGGAAUCCAUAGUUCAUAAUAGAUUUCAUGUUUACAUUC